CAGGCAGCCGCCGUCUUCUCCGACCCCCGGCCUUCACUCCGCCACUCCUUCCCCCACCGCCCCACUAAAACCCUAACCCAAAUCUCCCCUCCACUCCCCGCGCCGCCAUGGCUGCUGCGGCGGCAGCCACCUCGCUCCUCCUCCGCCGCCACUGCAACACCCAGGCCCCCCACCUCCUCCGCCUCCGCGCCGCGAUCUCCUCUUCCCGCGCGCUCCCGCAGCAGCUGGAGCUCUCCCCGGACCCGACCGCCGCCGCCCCGCUCCCCCCGAACCCCAGCACCGGGAGCCCCUUCUACGGCGAGAACUGGCGCAAUCCCGCCGCCUCCAACCCGCCCUCCUCCCUCCUCCCCGCCGUCGUCGGCCCGUUGGGAGGCCACCACCGCAUGGCCGCAUACUCCGCCACGCUCGACGCCGCGGGGCUCAAGGAGACCUUCGCCGAGUGGAUGGCGGAGCAACGGUGGGAGGACAUGAAGCAGCUCUUCGAGUUCUGGGUGCGCUCGCUCGACGCCGCCACAGGCAAGCCCAACCGCCCCGACGUGGACCUCUUCAACCACUACCUCCGCGCCAACCUCAUGGCGGGGGCCCUGCCGCACGAGCUGCUCGAUCUGGCCGACCACAUGCGCGAGUUCGAGAUCGAGCCCAACACAGCCUCGCACAACCUCGUGCUCAAGAGCAUGGUCGCCGCCCAGGAGGCCGAGGGCGCCGAGAAGCUCAUCGAACGGAUGCUGCAAACAGGAACUUUACCAGAUGAUGAAUCCUACAAUUUGGUUGUAGGCCUGCUGAUUAGACAGAAUCGUGUUGACUCAGCUCUGAAGUAUUUGGAUUUGAUGCUUAAAUCGGGCUACACAAUAUCAUUAACUGUUUUCACUGAUUAUGUCCGAGCAUGUGUGAGAUCUGGGAGAUUGGACACAUUGGCAUCUGUUAUAGAGAAAUGCAAGACAACAGAUAAGAACAAGGUCUUGUGUCCACAAUGGGCCUGGUGCAUUGACAUAGCAGAAGCUGCGUUUGAAGCUAACAAUAGCAAACUAGCUCUCUUUGCUUUGGAAUUUCUCGCAAGAUGGAUUGCUCGUGGUGAGAAUGUUAAACCUUCUGUGCAGCUUUCAGUUAAUGAAGGUCUAGUAAUAUCAGCUCUAAGUGCUGCUGGUAGAACUUAUAAUACUGACCUCUUGAAUGCUGCUUGGUCGCUAUUACGGAAGUCCUUGCGCCAGAAAAGGGCACCCACUCCAGAGACAUAUCUUGCCAAGAUUUAUGCUCAUUCAUCAAUUGGUCAGCUUCAAAGGGCUUUUGGGACACUGCGUGAACUUGAAAAUGCCUAUGGGAAUUCUGAGGACAUUGAUUUAGAGCUCUUCUCGCCAUUUACUUCCUUGCAUCCACUUGUUGUUGCUUGCUGCAAAGAUGGCUUCACCACACUCGAUUCGGUGUAUGUUCAAUUGGAGAAUCUGAGUCGUGCAGAUCCACCAUACAAAUCUGUUGCUGCUGUUAACUGUGUUAUAUUAGGCUGUGCAAACAUUUGGGAUCUUGACCGAGCAUAUGAAACUUUUGAGGCUAUCAAGGAAAAGUUUGAACUUACACCUGACAUACAUUCAUACAAUGCCCUUCUGUAUGCAUUUGGAAAGAUGAGAAAGACAGAAGAAGCAUGCAACGUGCUCCAGCAUUUAUUAGGUAUUGGUGUUAAGCCAAAUGCAACAACAUACUCCCUGCUCGUCAACGCCCAUCUUGUAAAUAAAAAUCCAAAAGCUGCUCUUGCCAUAAUUGAUGGGAUGGUUGAUGCUGGCUUCACUCCUUCAAAGGAGACCCUCAAGAAGGUCCGAAGACGCUGCUCUCGCGAAUCAGACUUUGACAGUGAUGAGAAAGUGCAAUCCCUGUCUAAACAGUUCAAUUACCGAAUGGGUGGUGAAAAUCGUAGGGAGUUGCUUUAUAACAUAGUACACAAUGCUGAGUACUGAAGCAGUAACUACUGGUCAGUAUACUGGCUUUCAUUCCUUGUAGUGGAUGUGUUCUUCUAUAAUUAGAGCUGCAUCUUGUUGAUUAUUCUUCACUUGCUGGUUUCUCUUCGAUUUUAUAUGACUCUGGUGUUUUUCCGAUUUUGAUAGGCAGCUUGUGUUCUGUUUGCUGGCAGUUGAGAGAGCACGGACAUUGUAGUUUGUACAUUAGUUCUUUGUACCAAACUUUCAAUUGAUUCUCAGUAUCCCGUCCCAUCGAUUUUGCUGGCAAACCACAGAGUUGAUGUUAUUAGGACAUGGUAAUAAGGCCGCCAUACUAUUUGUCUUUCUUUAAUUCAGCAAUCAGAUAAAUGUCAUUUCUGCUAACCGCAGCUGUAGCAUUUCACGUAAACUUUUUUUUUCUUUUUCAUCUGUUGUUGCCUCUGCCCA